AGAUGUAUAAAAAGAGCAGAUAAAGGGUUUAUUAGUGAUAUUCUUGAUGGGUUGUACGUUGGAGAAUGAUUUUGGCGAAAAAACGGAUAAAAAUGGUGAAAAUUUGGGGCUAAAAAAGCAAGUUAAUAUUUCUAAAGAAAGUUGCCAAAAUGUGGAAUUAACAGAGUUAUAUAAGGAUUUCUCGAAAGAAGCAAGUCUUGAGGCAGAAUAUAGCGUUUAUAAGAUAUUUUGUGGUUUAUUUAGAUCAGGAGGGCUUUGCCAGCCAAAAAAUAUAUCUUCUAAGUUAUAUGGUGAAGAAAUAUAUGUUUCUUAUAGAGAAGCAUAUGUUUGUUUUAUUAUUAAGCUUUUAAAGAAGUUGUCUAUGUCUAAAUUUGAAGAACAAGGACAUGCGUUUGUGUUACUACUUGGAUUGAUUCGUAGUGAAAGUGAAUGUAAAGGAGGGGGAUUUAUGAAUGAUCAAUAUUAUAGAGUGUUGAGAUCGAUUCUUUUGAAUAAAGAUAUAAAUGUUUCUAUUCUUAAUUAUAUAAUAAAAGAGUACUUGGAUGAAUAUAUGGAUUUGCAAUAUUAUUUUUAUAUAAAUGCAUAUAAGGUUAUUAAGGAAAUUUUGAGUUGUAAAGAUGAAAAUUCUAUUUUGGCUAAAGGGUUUACGAAGAAUCUUUUGGUUUUUUUAAUAAAUAUGAAACCAAUUUUUUUGGAUAUUAAGAAGUGUUGGGUUUCUUGUUCUGAAUCAUUUAUGCAAAAAUUUCAAAUUUCAAGGCAGAAACGUGUAUUUUCUAAAUGUUGGAUUGCUGCUCUUGAAUUACCUUUAAAACAUCAUCAGUAUAAGCAAAUUUUGAAUAUUCUUCACUCUAAUGUUCUUCCUUUUUUGUCAAAGCCUCAAUUAUUGAUGGAUUUUCUUACAGAUUCGUAUGAUGCAGGUGGCGCUGUUUCUCUUUUGGCUCUUAAUGGCUUGUUUUAUCUUAUACAAAAUCAUAAUCUUGAUUAUCCAAAUUUUUAUACUAAGCUUUAUACAUUAUUUGAUGAAAACUUGUUUCAUAUUCGAUACCGUGGUCGUUUUAUAAAGUUGGUUGAUCUUUUUUUAUCUUCUACUCAUUUGCCUGCAAUUAUUGUUGCUAGCUUUAUUAAGAAAAUGUCUAGACUUAGUCUUUCAGCAAAUCCUGGAGGAAUAAUUAUGAUUAUUCCUUUAGUUUAUAAUUUUUUGAAACGACAUCCAACAUGUAUGGUUCUUAUUCAUAGAACAUCUGUUAAUUCAAUCUUUAAUGAUCCUUUUUUAGAUCAAGAAUUAGAUCCUAGUAAAACAAGGGCUUUGGAUAGUAGUUUGUGGGAGCUUUAUACGCUUGUAGAUCAUUAUUAUCCUUCUGUUUCAACACUUGCUAGGAUCUUAUUGGAACAAUUUACAAGAAAUAGCUAUAAUUUAGAUGAUUUUCUUGAUUAUUCCUACACAAAUAUAAUUGAUACUGAAAUAAAUUGCAAAGUUAAAGAUCCUCCUUCGAUAGAAUAUAGAAGUGCAAAUGGCACUUUUGUUGCAGAAGAAGGUAAUAGUUGUUUAUUUACUUCAUUAUGGGAUUUGAGUGAUAUAUCUGUAUAAUAAAAAAAUAUCUGUAAUUUAUAAAAUAUAAAAUUA